AUGAAUUCAGUUUGUGAUAAUUCCCCUCUGCAUUUACCAUGGACAAUCUCUUUACUCUAUCCAACUCUCCUAUCUCUAUUCACUGGGUUUUUGUUUUGUUUGUUGAAGUUUAUUAAGGUUCCAAGUACCAUUCACCCUGGAAUUAUAUUUGAAGUUAUGCUCAACAAAUGGAAGCUUCCUGCUCCCAACUUGGUUGUGUCUUUAGUAGGGGAAGAAGAAAAUCUCCGGAUGAAGCCUUGGCUACGGGACACCUUAAAGAAAGGACUUAUAAAGGCAGCUCAAAGCACAGGUGCCUGGAUUUUUACCAGUGCUUUACGUGUAGGAAUAACAAGACAGUUAGUGCAGGCAGUCCAAGAUCUUGCACUGGCUAGCACUUCAUCCAGAGUGAGCGUGAUUGCCAUAGGAAUAACUUCACUCAGAGAAAUUCGGCACAGAGAAAUUCUGGACAACACAAAGAAUGAAAGUCUUGUACACUAUCAAUCAGAUGAUGAUAUUCAAGGCCCACCAUAUUCUUUGGACCACAACCAUUCCCACUUUAUUUUGGUGGACCAUGUAACACCAGAUGAGCCAGAUGGAACCACUAAGCUACGUUUCACCUUGGAAAAGCAUAUUUCAGAACAGCGUACUGGAUAUGGUGGAACGGGUAGCAUUGAGAUCCCUGUGCUUUGCUUACUCGUAAAUGGAGGACCAGGCACACUUGAGAGAGUCUGCAGCGGUUUGGAAAAUUCUGCUCCCUGGCUUAUCUUAGCAGGGUCUGGAGGUACAGCUGACAUCUUAGCUGAAUUCAUGAAUGACCCACAGCUUAUCAUGCCGGAAGCUGUUCAAAAGCAAUUUAAGGAGAAAUUCCCUGCAGAAAGCUUCUUGUGGAAGGACAUUCUUCAGUGGACACUAACAAUUCAAAACAUUAUUUCACACCAGCAUCUUUUAACCCUGCACAAUUUUGAGCAAGAAGGUUCAGAACUAGAUACAGUAAUUUUAAAAGCUUUAGUAAAAGCCUGCAAAAGUCAGAGUCAGGAGGCCCAAGAAUAUCUGGAUGAACUGAAGCUGGCAGUGGCCUGGAAUAGACUUGACAUUGCUAAAAGUGAAAUAUUCAAUGGUGACGUGGAGUGGAAGUCCUGUGACCUGGAGGAAGUGAUGAUGGAUGCUCUGGUCAAUGACAAACCAGAAUUCGUAAGAUUAUUUAUUGACAACGGGGCUAACAUAUAUGAAUUCCUGACCUACAGUCGUCUGCAGCGACUCUACUGUUCCAUUUCUCAGAAAUGUCUCCUCUAUGAACUUCUUCUGAAGAAGCAUGAAGAAAACAAGCUGACCUUGGCAGGGCUCACUGGUCAACAGGAAAAUGAGCAGCAGGAGAUCUGCCCACUCUUUGCUCUCAGUGAGGUCUCUAGAGUUCUCAAGGAUUUUCUACAUGAUGCAUGGAAAGGUUUCUAUCAAGACCUCAGACAUGGAGGCAAGAAAAAAUCUGAUAAAAUGAAUACAAAGCGAUUACCUGGGCCCUUGGAUAUGAACCAGAAAAGUGAAAAUCCUUGGAGGGAUUUGUUUGUAUGGGCAGUACUUCAAAACCGGCACAAGAUGGCAAACUAUUUCUGGGCUAUGGGCCAGGAGGGUGUAGCUUCAGCUCUGGCAGCCUGCAAGAUCCUUAAAGAGAUGUCCCGCCUGGAGACGGAGACCAAAGCAGCCUGUAUAAUGAAAGAGGCCAAGUAUGAGCAGCUCGCUGCUGAACUGUUUAGUGAAUGCUACCACAACAGUGAGGAGAGAGCAUUUACUCUGUUGGUGAGGAAAAAUCAGUACUGGAACAAAACCACCUGCCUUCAGCUGGCUACAGAAGCAGAUGCAAAGUCUUUCUUUGCACAUGACGGUGUCCAGGCCUUCCUGACAAAAAUAUGGUGGGGAGACAUGUCUACAAGCACACGGAUCCUGAAGUUAAUCUGUGGGUUCUGGUGUCCUUUCCUAAUCUACACAAAUUUAAUAGCAUUCAGUGAGGAAAAACAAUCAAAGAAUGAGCCAGAGCCAUCAAGGGAGCUGGACAGUUGGGAUACAGAGAAGACAUUGUUUUUUUCCAAGGAAGAAGAUAGAGGAAAUGCUAAAUUGGAAAAACAGAACCCUUCUGAAAACACAGCGUGGGCAACAUUCAUGUUUACCCGGUGGAGAAAAUUCUGGAGUGCCCCUGUAACUGUAUUUAUGGGGAAUGUUAUAAUGUACUUUGCUUUUCUGUUUCUAUUUACUUAUGUCCUUUUACUGGACUUUAAACCACCUCCACCCGAGGGUCCAUCUGUUAAAGAAAUUAUACUAUACUUCUGGGUGUUUACCCUUGUCUUGGAAGAGAUCCGACAGAGUUUCUAUACAGAUGAAGACACAAAUUUAAUGAAAAAAUUUAAACUGUAUGUGGAGGAUAACUGGAAUAAAUGUGAUAUGGUGGCGAUCUUUCUUUUCAUAAUUGGGGUAACCUGCAGGAUGCUGAACUCAACUUUCCAAGCCGGCCGUACAAUACUUGCCAUUGAUUUUAUGGUGUUUACACUUAGGCUUAUACACAUUUUUGCAAUUCACAAACAACUUGGACCGAAGAUCAUAAUUGUGGAAAGGAUGAUGAAGGAUGUUUUCUUCUUUCUGUUUUUCUUGAGUGUGUGGCUCAUUGCCUACGGUGUGACAACUCAAGCUCUACUUCAUCCCGAUGACAGCCGAGUGGAAUGGAUAUUCAGAAGGGUGCUUUAUCGGCCCUACCUUCAGAUAUUUGGCCAGAUUCCACUGGAUGAAAUAGACACAUCACGAACAUAUCCCAGGAACUGCACAUUUAAUCCACUGCAGAUUCUGCAGGAAAACACACCAUCGUGUCCUAAUAGCUAUGCCAACUGGCUUGUCAUACUUCUGCUGGUCAUCUUCCUACUAGUCACAAAUGUUCUCCUUAUGAAUCUCCUGAUUGCAAUGUUCAGUUAUACUUUUCAAGUUGUUCAGGGCAAUACAGACAUCUUCUGGAAAGUUCAGCGCUACAAUCUGAUUGUGGAAUAUCAUGGCCGUCCUGCCUUAGCACCACCAUUUAUCAUUAUUAACCACAUAACUCUGGUUCUCAGAAGACUCUUCAACAAAAUGGAACAUAAAAAAAAACAUCUGGAAAGAGAUCUUCCAGUGGGCCUAGAUCAAAAAAUCAUAACAUGGGAGCUGGUGCAAAAGGAACGUUAUCUCGUAAACCUUGAACAAGAAAAGAAAGAAAGCAAUGAAGAAAGGCUGAAGGCCACAUCUAAUAAGGUGGAUAAUUUGUCUAAAUAUUUUAGUGGAUUGAAAGAACAAGAAAAACGGUUUAAAGUUCUGGAAGCCCAGAUUUGCUACUGUACAGCUGUUAUCUCCUCAAUGGCAGAGGUCUUAACCAAAACCAAUCUCCUGUGCACACAACCAUCUCCAAACUAUACAUGUGUGAUGAAUGCCAACACAGAACGGCCUUUGCCAGAAAGAAGUGAAAGACAAGAGCAUGUAGAUCAGUUUGAGAAUGACAUCGCAUACAUCGAUAAUUAAAUUUAUUCUUAUUUCUUCAGAUUAAACCUUUUGUCCUACUGUACUACUGCAGGAGUAAAAUCCUGAUCUCAUGAAGGCCUAAGGGCCAGCUCUCAAAGCCUUUACACUGAGCACUGUCAAUGGUUGACAUUACUGAGGAUUUCUCGGUCUUCCUGCUUCAAUUUUUGGGCUUUCUUUGCCCCUGCUCAUAUAGUGGUUUUCUGCAAAACCAUUCCACAAACAGCACUAAAAGCUUUCUCCUCCGGGGUGACUCUACCACUUUAUUUUCCAAAUAAGAUCUGCCUUCUGUUCUCCAAAUACCACACCCUCAAUCCAUCGCCAUCAUUGCCAAUUUCCACACUUCUCUGUUUAAGGGAGGGUCCCUUUGGAAGGGUGAUCGUUUACGCACUAAAAACCAAGCCCCUUCCUUGGCCAAGAAAGCAAGCUCGUACUUCUGAGUUGCUUAGAAAGGAAAUCAUGAAAUAUUUUCCACAGGAAAAGGCCUGGGAUACGGAACCAUUACAAUUCAUACAGUUCCUGGAGCUCCUACAACCCUUAAACAAUUGCAUUCACCGUCUUCUCUUCCCACGCUGGCUCCUGUGAGGUAUUUCUUUGCUGGUAUUCCUUACUGAGAGCUCCUCACUCAUCCCCAGAAACUGGAAGCUUAUUGCUUGAUCCUCAAGCGUGCAGCGGCUUGCACUCACUUCCCAAACACAAAGUGUUUGGAUCCUCCCACAGUCAGACCGCCAGUUUCUGUCACUUGCUUUUUUGUUGUAAUGCCUGAUCAUGGCUGCUGCCAGCCUCCCACUGUAAAGGAGCCCUUGCCCUGUACCACACCGCAUGGAAUGCUGCAUCCACACCUAAGCGGUUUUCUGACUGCAUUUUACUUUUCUCUCUCAAAGGUUAGGAAAAAAAAAAAAAAUCACCAGGAGACUUUAAAACAAGAAUGUGUACCAAGAAUUAUCCCAUGAACUAGGAAUCUGGACUGUUGGUCGCUUUUUUUCAUUACUUACACUGGCUUGUACAUUUUUAGCAUGCAAAAGCUCUCUGGCUUUAUUAGAAUUCUGCAUUAAAAGAUACACCAGUAAAAUUAGUAUUAAUACUGUUCUUCGAGGGGAAAUUUCUUUGUAAUAAUAUAAACAGCAUCAGAAGGGGGAAGUAUUGGGCUGUGUCUUGUCUUUCACUGAUAAGCUUCAACUGCAUUUCCUCACGCAUAUGAUAUUGCUUCUACGCAAUGUAAAUGUAGGUUGCACAAAAGCUGUUACCAGAGGUGGAAAAAAAAAUAAA